AUGAUUGUGUCACUUCACUAACAGCUGUCCAGCUUCCGUCAUUUGAUAGGCUUGGUCGCUGUUGUAUUUUAUUUAAAAAAUACACGAUAUCUAUAGAAAACAAACUAUUUUGUGCUUCCAUUUUAUAUAAUAUAGUUCUGUAAGACUUUUAGUGUGCAACAUAGAGAGUAAAAAUGUCUUCUACAUCGGCAGCUGAGGAAAUUGACGAAGCGAAAGAGCGAGAACACUUUCGCGCCGUUGUCACCGCUUUCAAAUAUUAUAAGCUAUGCAGUUUAGACAGGAUACACAAAUCAGAGAAAAUAAUCUCGAUACUACCACAAACACACCAGCGUCGACUUGAAAAAUACAAGACGUACCUCGCGAAGUUCAAGAAGUGUCUCGAUGUGAACAAUAGUGUGGUACACCUGAUUAUAAAGGAUGUGGAGACCAUGUUUGAGAAUGUCGAUCAUUCGGUGCCAGACAAUGGAACGAACGGCACGGAGAGUUUUGGAUGUAAUUACAAUAAUUGUGAGAUAGCAUCGCAGAAGCAGCAUAAGAUGCAGCAUGAUGUUGAGAAGGUGCAAUCGGUGUUAAAGAACAUAGUUCGCGACUGGAGUGCGAUGGGCGCAGCUGAAAGGCAACAAUGCUACAAGCCUAUACUGGAUGAAAUGGAAGAGCGGUUCCCGUUAGACGAAUAUACCGACAGGUCGCUGGUCCGCGUGCUGGUCCCGGGCGCGGGGCUAGGCCGCCUGGCCUGGGAGGUGGCGGCGCGUGGCUACAGCUGCCAGGGGAACGAGUUCUCGCUCUUCAUGCUGUUCGCCAGCAACUUCAUACUCAACCGGUGCACUGAGAUAAACAAGUACACCGUCCACCCGUGGGUGCACCAGUACGUGAACAACAUCACGUGCGAGCACCAGCUGGUGUCGGCCGCCUUCCCCGACGUCAGCCCCUCGGGGAACAGGCCCAACCAUAACUUCUCCAUGACGGCGGGGGACUUUCUAAAGGUAUAUACUGAACCAGAUGAAUGGUCGUGCGUGGCGACAUGUUUCUUCAUCGACUGCGCGCCCAACGUCAUCGAGUUCAUAGAGAGGAUAUACAGCAUCCUGCAGCCUGGUGGCUACUGGAUCAAUCUGGGGCCUUUGUUAUAUCACUAUAGUGACAUGCCGACGGAGAACAGUAUAGAGCCACCUUAUGACAUACUUCUGGAGAUUAUCAGAGAUAUUGGAUUCGAUAUAUUGAAAGAGCAAACCGGUGUCAAAACGAAAUACGCACAAAACCCUCACUCCAUGAUGCAACACGAGUACGACUCUGUUUUCUUCGUGUGCUCGAAGCCUUAUAGUAUGUAGCUAACGUAUUUAUUAUACACAUAUACAGACAAACAGACGAACAGACAACUUAACGUUUCUCUGAAUGGCUGAUACAAUGUAAGAAUAAUGAGAAACAGUCGGUGCUAGACAUUAAAAAAUAUUUAAAAACCGCAUGGCACAGGAACGUGACGCCAAGUCCUUACGGACUUUCGUUGCAUUGUCGCCCAGUUACCUUCUUGUCGUGCCUAAAGAAGUUUUACUUCAAUAAAAACCUUUCUUUUUCGUAUGGUUCAUGUAUACUCUGUUAAGAGUUUAAACCGCCCGUAGGCCUCUGACGUGACGCGUGAAAAUGUGUUUGUGCGGGGAUUCGUACCUAAGGACUUAGGUUUGGCAGUCUAACAGUCAUGCCACUAGGUUAUGACUAACCUUGAUCAAAGAAUUGUAAUUGGUUUUCAGUAUUUUCAUGAAAUCAGUCCAAUUAAUGUUUGUUAAGGAUAUUGGAUCAGCCUUUCAGAAAACAUUAUUUCCAUAAAGUUGGUCAACUGUCAUACAACUGUGGUGCAACUGUUUCAGUUAUAAAUGAGAGAUUUAUAGAACACAUAGAUAUAUUUACAAAUAUUUAGAUGUAACUAAUUAUAAAGCUACGUAAUAAAUGUAUUGAGUACAGUAUCUAUAAGGAAUAUUAAAUAUUUAUUCGGCAACUAUGGCGCCACUGUGGCGCAACUAUCGUGUUGCUAUUAAAGCUAUGGGAAAAAGUUUUAACACGUAAAUAAUAAUUUAUUAUUAUUAUAAUGCUGAUGGAAGCAGCCAUGUUGUUACUUUGCAAAAAUUGUUUUGCCCAACGGUGGGCUAUCAAAUUUACAGAACGUAUGGUCCUAUUAAUUAAUAAAACUUGACACAGAAAAAUUACUAAAUCUAAACAUAAUUAAAACUAAUUUAGUAUUUUAACUACAAAACAUAAUUAGAAAACGCUAGAAAAAUAAUAAUUAGUAUUUGAAAACAAAUAUACGGAAGAACUUAAAUAAAUAGGUAUAAAACAAGAUAAACAACUUUUGCUCCGCUAUACGCAAUAAAUCGCCUUAAAAUAUGCAACGAAGAGAAAUAAAUAUUUUUGUAUUGAUAUCAAAUAUGCUUAAAUAAUUAAACCGACGGUAAAGAAAAUUACCCCUCCCCCCCACAAAAAUGAAUAACUCGAUGUUUAUGAAACAUAUCUAAGAAAACUCGCAUAUAAUUCACCUUUAAUACAAAACAAAAUAAAUUGAUUACGCUCAAUCCGUUCGGGAGCUAUGAUGCCACAGACAGACAGACAGACACGGCAAACUUUAUAACACUCAGUUUUUGCGUCGGGGGUUAAAAACUAUUUAGAUACGUAAAUAAUAAUGUAAUGUUUUAAACAUUUAUUUUGAACAAAAGACAUAUUUUUUCUUAGUCAUAAUUUUUGAGUGAAUAUGUCACGUAAAUUACUAAACAGAUUUCGAUAAAAAUUGUUGUGUUGUAGUUGUCUUUAGUUCUAAUUAUAAACAGUUAGUUUUUCACAUAUACUUAGCAUACGAAUUCAUAAGCAAUACAAUAUACAAACUGGUCAAAUUAAAGAAAAAGCCUUAAAAUUUAAAAUAAGGAAUUCUUUUUACACGUAUUAUAAAUUUACAAAUUAUUGAACAAAUUUUCAAAAUAUAGUAUUACAUAAUGUUUAAAAACAAGUGCUUUACAAAAUGGCAUUAUCCAUGCAGAUCUCGUUUUGCACGGACUGCUUGAGACACUUUUGAUUUUAAUCUGAACUAGCUUUUACCCGCGGGCCCGCCUGCUAUAAAUCUAAAAUGAUCCCACGGGACAUAAAAUCGGGAUAAAUACUAUCCUAUGUGUUGAAAGUUUAAUUUUUUAGGUCUAACCUCGCGUUUUUAGCGGACGCAAUUGAAUUUUUCUAAUGUGUAGGGGGGUCGAAUUUCAUGUAUAAAGUUCUACGACAAGAAGUUGCAGAACCAAAGAUUUAGAGAAUUUAAUUUAUAACAAAAUUUGGCCAAUUUUUUUUUUAAUCAGAUAAACAGUUUAAGAGGUAUAUCGCAGAAACCAUUUUAAUUGGCACUAUUGUGAAGAUGGCGGCCGUGGGACAGGGUGGCAACCCCACAAAACCUAUACGUCUGAAAAAUUCAUGUUCUGUCUAAACCCGUUCAAACUUUGUUGCGUGAAAGAGGAGCAAACAUCCAUACAUAUAAACUAUUGCGUUUUUAAUAUUAGUAGGAUAUAUAAUAUUAUUAUUAUUACAUUAUGCGGCGGUAUUAUUAUGCUAAAAACAAGCAGUCCGUGUUAACCUAAGAAAUUAAGGCCAGUAAUUAUUAUAGCUCUCAGAUUUAAAAUGGGCAUGUUAUUGUUAAUUGUUACUAUAAUGCAGUUUGCCAUGUUAUAAAAAAAAUGUGAGUCGUAUUCAUAAUUAUUUAUUUAAUAACGGUUUCCCACGCUUAUAUACCGCGUCAGCUCGUGAUUAAUGAUUCCGGUUGUGUCCGAAACUAGUCGGACAAUCCCGAUAACGUUUGAUUAAAUCGUUUAUCAAAAAAAUAGUUAUUCAUGUUCCCGUUAACGUUCUGUUAUAAUUAUACGCAGUUAGUCUGAUCGCAGGCUUUAACUGCUUCAUCGGACUUUAACUAAGGUUUUAACCAUAAGACGCUUUACUGUAUUAUAAACUUAUGUUAAACUCGUUAGUAAUAUGUUAAACUCAAUGAUCUUCAUUUUAUAUUUUACAUUAUAUUAGAACCUAACCGUGCUAUCAUCUCUUAAACUACGUGUACGAAAGGGAUGUUGCUCUACGCUGUGUAUUACGUUGUCUUGCUUUCACACCUGCAGUUGACCGUGACACAAGUAUUAAAUUGCUUUGUGAGAGGAAAAAAUCUAAAAAUCCACGUUUCAAAAUGUCACUUCAUUCAAA